GGAUGGAGUACCUGCGGAGGCGGCUGUCCGAUGGGAAUUUCCUGGCGGGGGGGGGAGGGGGACCCCCCCGGGGCGGGGCCGGGGGUGGGGGGGGGGUCCUGGGGGGGGAGGGGUGGGGGAGACCCCCACGGACCCCCCCCCAGCCCCCGCUCCUGCUUGUCAUCGCCCCCCCCGGCACCGACUGGGUGAAGCUCUUCAAGGGUAAAUCGGUUCACGGGGACGUGGAGCUGCGAGUGGAGCAGGCUCAGUUUUCGGAGCUCUCCUUGGUGGCCUCCACCCAUGGCACCCUCAGCGUCACCAUCGACACCCCCCGAGGGGGGGCCAGGCGGGUGCGCCCCGACUUCGUGCUGGUGCGGGAACCCCCCCCCGAGGGGGGGGUGGAGGGGGGCCGGGCGGCGGCUGCUGGUGGGGCUGCACCUGGGGGGGGUCCCCAGUACAGACCCCCUCCCCGCCCUGUACGCCUUCGCUCAUCCCCCCCUGCUUGGUAA